AGUCUUACUCUGCGCGUCGUUAUUGCCGGACGUACGUACGCUUAGUCCGCGCGUGCAACUCGCGAGCUUUCGAAUUUUACCUGUGGAUUGUAAGUGACAUGUGCUGUUGAAACUUACGAUAUAUGUGGCACUCUGGAUUGGCGUUCAUCACCUGUUUGGCGAACGAAGAUUCCAGUCUAUAUUCAAGGUAUCAAUCGGCUUUUUUCAGCGUAAUAAACACAGUUUUGAAAUAAAUAAAAUUCAAUUUGAAGACAUGGAAGUGUACUACACACGUGCGGUAAAAUAUCAGAGAUGAAUCAGAAAACUAGAAAGAAAAUUGUCAUCUUUAGACGUGACCUGGCAAAUUUAUAGCCUCCACGUUUUAAUAUUGAUGUAAUGUAGAGGUGGAAGAGUGGAAGAGACUAUAUAACUGUCAUAUCGAUAAAGCAUAUCACAGCAAAGUUGUGAACAUAAUUAAAAAACAUAUCUUUCUAUUAAAUACUAGUCACCGCUUGUGAUUUUAGUUAUAUAAAAUUUUGCUCAAAUCCUUUUAAAAUAACUCCAUAGUAAUAAAUAAUACAGUUUAAGACGGAAGGAAGAGAUUUAUUAAUUGCUCAGUUCAUAUCAAAAGAAUUCAUAUCCAAGUAUAAAAUAUAAAAAUGAAGUACUAUAGUAUGUUUUUCCUGCGAAGGCGAACAUUGAUAUUGAAAGCAGUGUUAAUAUUGACAGCAUUAUGGUUUAUGGUAGCGUUAUUAACAACCAAUGGUGGAACGAGGAACGCUAUAGUCGCACCACCUAUUGAGUACGACGAUGCCGAAGCAAAACCACUGAAAAUGGCCAAGCCAACAUCUGGGAAAAAGAAAAGUGAAUCAUAUGGAAACAACUUGUCUGACGCGCAGUCGCGGGUCGAUUGGAUUGGUCGGAUCGCAGGAGUCCCCGAAGGCCUAGGUGUAAUCGCCGCUCCGGGUUCGAACGACGCACCCGGAGAGCUUGGUCAACCGGUUGUGUUACCAAAGAAUAUAAGCGAAGAAGCUAAACUAGCCGUAUCGGAGGGAUGGAAGAAGAACGCCUUUAAUCAGUAUGUCAGUGAUCUUAUUUCAAUACGGAGAAAGCUGCCUGAUCCGAGGGACGAGUGGUGUAAAAAACCCGGCCGUUAUUUAGAAGAUCUUCCACAGACUUCUGUUGUCAUAUGUUUUCAUAACGAAGCAUGGUCGGUUUUACUUCGAACAGUUCACUCAGUGAUAGACAGAUCACCCCCUCAUUUGAUAAAGGAGAUUAUUCUCGUUGACGAUUUUUCGGACAUGCCUCAUUUGAUGCAACAAUUGGACGAUUACAUGUCUUCAAUUCCUAAAGUUCGGAUAGUUCGAGCAACACGUCGAGAAGGUCUCAUAAGGGCUAGGCUUCUAGGAGCUCGAUAUGUAACAGCACCUGUCCUAACUUACCUAGACAGUCACUGCGAGUGUACUGAAGGAUGGUUGGAACCGCUAUUAGAUAGAAUUGCAAGAAACAAAACUACAGUAGUAUGCCCUGUUAUUGACGUUAUAGAUGACAAUACCUUAGAAUAUCACUACAGGGACUCAUCUUCGGUCAAUGUUGGUGGUUUCGACUGGAAUCUCCAGUUCAAUUGGCAUCCAGUACCAGCAAGAGAAAGAGCGAGGCACAAACAUACAGCAGAGCCUGUGUGGUCUCCGACUAUGGCUGGUGGUCUUUUUGCUAUAGAUAAAGAAUUUUUCGAAAGACUGGGAACUUACGACAGCGGAUUUGAUAUAUGGGGUGGAGAGAACUUGGAAUUAUCUUUUAAGACGUGGAUGUGCGGAGGGACUUUGGAAAUCGUUCCCUGUUCCCAUGUUGGUCAUAUAUUUAGGAAACGUUCGCCGUACAAAUGGCGAACUGGGGUAAAUGUGUUGAAGAAAAACUCAGUCCGUUUAGCAGAGGUAUGGUUAGAUGACUACGCUAAGUACUAUUACCAAAGGGUGGGUAAUGAUAAGGGAGAUUAUGGCGAUAUUACUGGUAGAAAACAGCUGAGAGAAAACCUUGGUUGCAAAUCUUUUGAAUGGUAUUUAAAAAAUAUAUACCCUGAGUUAUUCAUACCUGGGGAGUCUGUCGCACAUGGUGAGAUCAGAAAUGUCGCCUUCCAAAAGACUUGUUUGGACUCUCCUACUCGCAAGUCCGACCAUCAUAAGCCCGUCGGACUAUACCCGUGUCACCGGCAGGGAGGAAAUCAGUAUUGGAUGUAUUCAAAGAAUGGAGAAAUACGUCGUGAUGAGACGUGCCUUGAUUACUCGGGUCACGAUGUUGUCUUGUAUCCUUGUCACGGUGCCAAGGGCAACCAGCUGUGGCUCUACGAUCAUAAUACGAAGUUACUGAAGCAUGGUUCAAGUGAAAAGUGCAUGGCGAUAUCGCGGAACAAGGAUAAGAUUGUAAUGGAGUCGUGCAACGAGGAAGAACCCCGACAAAUGUGGAACAUGGAGAAUUUCAAAGUUGACCGGCUAAGUCCCGAACUACUUUCCGAGUAGCCGGAACCCUACGAUGAUGUGUUAUUCAUUUAAACAUAAAGCAGAAGUUAUUUUGGACUGCAUUGAAAUAUAACAAUUUCCAAGACUACAUUAGUGUUUAUCGGGAGUCACUUGUUGUUGAUUGCAUCGUGUGCUUUUAUAGUCUACAUGAUAAGUUAUAGCAUUAUUGACAUUUUGGCGGCAUAAUAAACGUCAUAGAUAUGAAAAUGUGCAAAGGGCGAGUUUAUUGACUUCAGUAGUGAAAAUGACAAAGGAACUUUCUUAGCUCAUCCUUUAAAGUUUACUUUGAAGAAUUUUAAUUAUUAUUUAAAUUUAUGGAUUAGUAAAGUUCCUUUUAAUUUAUUAUUUGGUGCUUUGUAUUUAUCCCCAAGUAACGGCUAAUAAACCAUUCAAUGCCUUGGUAUAAGGCAAGUAGUAUUGUCUGUAGUUUCUUUCUUAAAUCUAAAUAAUUAAAGCAAUAUCAUUUUAUUUGCUUGGUUUAAAGACAAAUAUUGAAGUAAAACCAUACAAUAAAAUUAUAAGCUACGUAUUUGCUACGUUAGUAAUGAAGGCGCUUGUAAAACAAAAAUAUAGUAUUCUUCUUAAAGUAUUAAAUGUACUGAAUAUAUAUCGGUACGCAUCUUAUCCUGUACAUAUCUAAUUACAUAUUUUUUAAAUACUGAACUUUGAAUUUUAUGGGAUAAAAAAAACAUUAAAUAUAAAUUUAUUGAUUGAUCAUCAUUUGAUGACUUUGCUUCUAUCUAAAUGUUAAUGUGAUUUCUAUAUUAUAAUAAAUCCUAGUUGUAACUUUUAUUCUAGACAAAAUAUAUGUCUAAAUUGUUUAGUAACUAAGAGUGUGCUCCUAUGUUUGUAAAAAAAAGGUGUAUUUUUGUAUAGCUCACAAAAUAGCGAAUUUAUUUGGAUAUUAUUUUAUUUUUGGUAUUUUAGAAAGGAAAUUAAAAAUGACUGAAUAUUUGAGUAGAAAGUCAAACUAAGUUUCAUAAAUUUAUUCGAUUUAGGGCCGAUUUUUCAUUCCUUAGAUAAAGUUUGUGCAAAAAAUUAAAUAUAACAUUAACAAAUUAAAAAUAACAGUUGAAUGAAUAAAAUAUUUUAAAUAUUUCACUAUCAUAUUCAAUCAGGUUAUAAUUUAUUCGACGGAUAAUUGACAAUAACUUAUCUGACGAUAGAAAAAUCAACCUUAAAAAUUAUAAACGUUGCCGUUAAAAAGUAACGAAAACAUUAAGUCUUUUCUUAUUUAAGUACUAAUUUUUAAUUUUAAUAACGAGUUUAUCAAACUAGACUAAAUUGUUUAUGCAAAAUGAUUGUUUUGAGGUUGCUACAAGUUUGAUGAAUAAAAAAGAUGAUUCGUUUCGUAAAUAAUCAGAAGUAAAACUUGGACUAAAGUUAUACCAAAAUCUUUUUACUUUCCAAAUCGACAAAUUUUCGUUGCCAGUAUUUAACUUUGUUGUUUUCUUUAAUUUUAUUAUAGCGACGCCAAUUAUGUAAUACCGGUCUUCCCAUCUAGACUUGUGUCAAUUUAUGGCGUUUUUUUUUUUGUAUAUAAAUGGAAGUUUCGAUUUAAUUAAUAUGCCCAUUUAAAAGUGCAUUUUUCUUUACAUUGUUGUGUGAUAAAGAUUUUUAUAAUUUAGAUAAUGUUAGCGUUAUUUAUUUUCUCUUGACAUAUCUGUAUAAAUUUACUUGAAUUAAUAGACAUGUGUAUAGUUGUUUAGACUUAAAAUAACGGCGAUAAAUGUGGAUUAUAUAAGUAAAAUCUUUUAAAUCUAUUGUUGUAGUUAGACGACGUUUAGAUAAACCUCAAUUUGUGGUUAUUGUAUAUAUAAUUAUGAGGUCAUUUUCUGUUUCCCUACUAUCCUUUUUUAAAUUUAUAUUAUAAAAAUGAUCGUUCAAGUAAAACGAGCACUGCCAAAUAAGUCGUAAUCGAAAUAGACUGCAUACUGAUAUAACUAAUAACGAUAUUGGAUUGUAGUGUAAAAAAAUUGUACCAUUUUUCAGUUUCUGUAAGGUUGCGGCUUAUUUUGAAAGUAUAUUAUGGUGUUAAAAUAAUUAGCAAACUAAUAGUUCAUAAUUCGUAUUGAGAUAGGAAAAUUUUAAAUGUGCCUUAUAUCUUUACGUAAUAAUAAUAUUUGAAUGUUGAAUAUCUGUACAUAAUGCAAUGUCUCCUAGUGUAUAAUAUUAUUAUAGUAUUAUAUCUAGAUGGCGAUACUAUAGUCUUUGUAAAAUAAAGCAUUAUGUUUGAUUUGU